CUCAGUCAAUUAGUCAGUUCAGUGCAUUGAAGGAUCUCUGACGAGAUUUAGUGGUGUGAUUUCUUUAAAAGUUUUAUUAGCGCUUAUCGCCACAGUACAAUCACGCGUAUCACUUAACAUCAAUUUGUGUAUUAUUUCUAUGAAAUAUCAGUAACCUAUAUUUUAACAUUCGAAUUGUAGGUAACGAAUGUUUUGUCUGUUACCCACCAAGGCUAGGAAACGGUACCUAUCCCGGCGUCUUCAUAUUUCAUCGGUGUCGUUUUUAAACUAAAGUGUAAAUUAAUAUUGCUGAGAAAUACGAAAUGUGUUCCAUAUAAAACCUUCCUAAUCACAUGUCCUGGCUGUAUGAACUUAAAUUCAUAUUGGUCGUCAAAUUUUUAUUUUUCUUGUGAAUAAGAUAUAAAUUUUUGAAGAAUGGAAGACUUGAGUUUUAUUCCUGAUAUCCCGAAUGGGCCUUUGGACGCGUAUAGGCAAAAUGCGCCUUUUGAUUGGAAGCGUCUUAAGCUCGCGCUUGAAGGAGACCUAAACUUGUUAAAAUUAAAGUACAAAAUCUGGCAUACACUGGAGAAAGAUCCGCUGUUUGCCCACAACACUGUCACGCCACCCAUGGAGGAGCAGAAACGGAUCACCCAGCUUCAGCUGAAGAGGAUCAAUGAGUAUAAGUUCCUCACGAAGGAGAUGUUCAAGUCCAGUUAUAGUAUAAGGACGCGAGCCCUAAUGACCAUCAAUGAAGCCGUCCAGUCUUUGAACCCUAGUCUGUCUGUAAAAAUGGCCAUCGGUAUUUACCUGUUCUCCAACGCACUGUUGUCCUUAGGCACGGAACGCCAUCACAAAUUCUAUGAAGCCACCAUACUUCAUAGAGAGAUUCUCGCAAGUUUCUCGCUGACGGAAAUCGCGCACGGAUCCGACGCUCGUCUGAUGAGGACCACGGCCACUUAUGACCCCAAAAACAAGGAGUUUGUGAUCCAUACACCUGACUUCGAGGCGGCGAAAUGCUGGGUUGGUAAUCUAGGCAGAACAUGCACCCAUACGCUGCUUUUCGCCCAGCUAAUAACUCCAGACGGCGAGAACCAUGGUUUGCAUGGUUUCUUGGUCCCUAUACGCAACCCUGACACCCUGGAGACUUACCCUGGACUAAUAGUUGGAGAUAUGGGCGAGAAGAUAGGCGUCAAUGGGAUUGAUAAUGGUUUCAUUAUGUUCAACCAGUAUCGGAUACCUCGCGAGAACCUUCUGAACAGAACGGCUGACGUCACAGAAGACGGCGUUUAUGAAAGCUCCUUCUCCGAUCCCUCCAAGAUAUUGGGAGCCGCGCUUGAGAAUCUAUCAGCAGGUCGCAUCGGCAUAAUGCAAGAGAGUUGCAAUUCUAUAUCUAGCGUAGUGGCCAUAGCGAUCAGAUACGCCGCCUCGCGCAAACAGUUCUCCGAGCGGGACGAAGAGAUACCCCUGAUCGAGUACGAGCUGCAUCAAUGGCGUCUUUUCGGCUACGUAGCUGCCGCUGUGGUUUUCAAGUUAUACAUAGAGAGUUUCACGAGGACCUAUAUUCACAUUGUGGAGAAGUCCAAUGCCGGUCUAAAAGUGGACAAUUUGAGCGAGGCGGUGUCGGAGAUCCACGCGAUGGUGUCGUGCUGCAAGCCGCUGCUGACGUGGAGCACCCUGGCCGCCGCGCAGCAGUGCCGGGAGGCCUGCGGCGGGCACGGGUACCUUAAGAGCGCAAACCUAGGCGAGAUCCGGAGCAAUCACGAACCGACUGUCACGUACGAGGGAGACAACAACGUGUUGUCUCAACAGUCUGGCAACUGGUUGCUGAGGCAGUACCACGCGGCGACCACUAGUCAACCUCUAGACACACCUCUGAGGACUGUCGCCUUUCUGGGAUGCCAUGAGGAGAUCAUGAAUAGAAGGUUCCGGUGUGGGCGGGCGAGUGAACUGAAAUGUCCCAAAUUCAUAACGUCUACAUACGAAUGGCUCCUCUGCUGGCUGCUCAAACAGACUGAAGAGAAAUACCAAUCGGAAAUAGCCAAAGGCCUAUCAAAGUUCCGCGCCAGAACCAAAGCUCAAGUUUAUCGAUGGAAAGUGCUGACUGAAGUGUACGCCGAAUACAUAGUCUUGAUGUUCAGUUCAGAAUCCAUAGACAAAAAAGAGGCGGAAUUACAGCCGGUUUUGAAGCAGUUGUUUUUGCUUUAUGGUCUUUGGUCUUUAGAUAAACAUUUAGUUGAGCUGUAUCAGGGGGGUUUCGCUGAAGGGGAGGGGUUGGCGAGGUUGGUGAGGGCGGCCAUAUUGGAAUUGUGCGCCGAGUUGAAGGAUCAAGUGGUUUCGGUCGUCGAUGCGUUGGCGCCGACGGAUUUCGUGUUGAAUUCUGUACUGGGAAGGAGUGAUGGUAAUUUAUACCAAAAUCUACAAAAGGCGUUGUUCAGCUACCCGGGUACCUUCGAGCGCGCGUCGUGGUGGCGGGAAGUGCUUCACCCCCCAGCGUCCAAACUGUAACGGGUAUUAUUGAUACCUGUUAUGUUGAAACAUUAGGGAAAUUAUGACGAAUUAUUAUUGGGCUGAACGUGACACGAGUAACUCUGUGAACAAGCUUAAAGGUGAUGAGUUUAUUUUUGUUGUUUAAUGCCUUUAUCUACUAACUUUAGGAAUUAAAUUUGACUAAUAAAUUACACAAAAAAUGACUUUAUCGCAUUUUGCAAUCUAUAAAAAAUAAUUAAUUAAUUAAAUAUUUGCCUUCUUUUUGGAAACUGCGUCGGAGGGACAUUUGUUUUAUUAGCUAAGCAAAAUAGGUACUUUACGAUGAUAAACAUAAAUUAAUUGUAAAUAAUAUAAUUAAAUCUUUAAGCUUGAGCACGGAUUAUUAACACUAUAUGAUGAAAGAUCAAAACUCACACGACACGAGUGGCACUCAGGAAUCAUAAAAUAAUAUAAAUGGGCAGUGAAAAUACCAAACCAAUUAGAAAAGUGUUUUAAAUAUACAUAUUAUGAGAGAUAUCUGGAUGUUCAAUUUUUUUUUAGAAUCCAGUUAAAAUAGAAUUAUCUGAUUGGUUGUCACAGAUUUUACAUAUGUUACAUGUCUAGCAGAAGUAGAUAAUUAUGACAAAUGAUGUUUACUUUGUACACAACACGAGGCUUCACCGUAGACAUAAUAUUGUUAAGUUUACUGUUUUUUGUCUGUUAUUUUUAACCGACUCCAAAAAAGGAGGUUUCUCAAUUCGACCGUAUAUUUUUUUUUCGGAACACAUCAGUAAAAUACUUCAAAAGCUUAAUGUAAUUUCCGUGAAAUGUUGCUAUUAUUAAACCAAAAUGUAGUGUAUAAUUAAGUGUUUUCAAUAAGUAACUUAAGUUCAGUUUCAAUGCAUUUAUUGCAUUUACUUAACUGUAUCUAAAUAAUAGUAUUCAGAUUUUCAAUGUUUGGUGCUUGUAUCAAGUAAUUCUGUUGAUGAAUGUUGUGUGUAAGAUAUGAAAAAAAAAAAAUAGUAUGAACAGAAUUAUUAAUAGUACUAAGUAUUAAUGUUAGUACAAACUCAGAUUUUAUUAAAACUGUUACCAUUGUUAUUUGUGGGUUUGGAUUAAAAUUUGAUUGUCAUGUUUGGUCAAAAUUGUUUAAGAAAAUAUGUGUUAUGAAUGUUUUUUGGUAGGUACUUGGCUUAGUAGGUGAUAUCGUCUUAUUGUAAAUUAGAAAAUUAUUUUUAUCCAUAAAAUUACGAAUUAAAAUGUGGUGCCAUCAUUUUAUUAUUAAUUUCGCAUGAAACUUUCCAAAAUUCAGUACUUUAUAUUUUGAAGGUGGAUUAGCAGUAAUGAAACAACAUUUUCUAUAAACAAAGAGCGAAUAUUAUGAAAAAUUGAAUCGUAAAAACAAUAUUUCAUAUUUAGCUUUCUUACUGGAUUUACCCUCAAAAUAUUUUUACUGAAUUUUGACCGCUCUUAUACAUAUAAGUAGUGUUUGUCACCACGUCACAAUUUCUGCACAAGUUUGUUGAAUACGUCUGUGAUUUAACUGAGAUACAUAUAUAGCUAAAAUAUACAGGGUGUACAAAUAUUCAGUAUGGACGGACAGAAAUAAAAACAAUAAGAAAAUAUUUUGACAUAGUAAACAGACUAAUUUAAGGCUUAAGCACACUAAACGUGGGUUUAAAUUAAGUCAGCUAUGCGGGAGUUAGCACAUUGUAACUUUAUCUUUUUCUGUAAUCCUUAAAGUUAACCAAAAAGUUAAAAAGAGUUCUAUCUCUUUCUAACUUUUUGUCUUAACUUCUAAGUUAAGACAUUGCGUUCGGGGAUAACACGGUUGGACUUAAAGGCAGUUCAAAUGCAGGACGCCUGCCUAGAAAGUCAUACUAAACAAGGUCUUUUUACAAAUAAACAUAUAACAUACACUUACUUAACACAGUCCCAUGUUCAGUAUGACCAGUUAUGCAGGCGGUAAGUUAUAAUCCUGCCGAGAUGUAGAAUGAAGAAAAACACAAUUGCCAACUGCUUUUAACGUGCUUCUCUGUUCACGAAUGCUUUGCCCUUGGAGUGCUGUGAUACAUGGCCGCCAUAAUUAUACAAUGGCUCUGUACUGCGUCCUCUCGUACCCUCUCCCGUGUCUUAAAAUAUUUAUAUUAUCUAUACUAAUAUUAUAAAGCGGAAGAGUUUGUUUGUUUGAACGCGCUAAUCUCAAUAACUACUGGUUCCAAUUGAAAAAUUAUAUUUGCGUUGAAUAGACCAUUUAUCGUUGAAGGCUUUAGGCUAUAUAACAUCAAGCUGCAACUAUAAGGAGCAAAGAAAAAAUGUGAAAAGAAACGCGGAAAAUUAUUCAUCCUUGAGGUCUUCAAUGAUGCCCAAAAUAACUAUUCCACGCGGACGAAGUCGCGGGCACAGCUUGUAAUUAAAUAUACAUACAUACAUAAAAUCACGCCUCUUUCCCGGAGGGGUAGGCAGAGACUACCUCUUUCCACUUGCCACGAUCCCUGCAUACUUCCUUUGCUUCAUCCACAUUCAUAACUCUCUUCAUGCAAGCUCGGCGGUAAUUAAAUAUAGUCUUAUUCAAAUAGUUUAACACAAAAAUAUUGAGUAGGUGCGGUGCGACUCGGCGCAGAUUUUAUAGUUUUAGUUCGUUUCCACAUACAUAUAUGUGCGCGGACCCACGUUGUAAUAUUAACAUUGUGCUGCUACUGUCUCGCGUUUGUUGUGCUGAAAUCUUUAGAUUUUGUACAAAAUGUAUUGAAAAGUUAACUUUAUUGUUAUUAUGAUAAAGUACAUAAUUGACUUGAAAUAUAAUAAUUAGCUGAGGCUAAAUAAAGUAUAAUUUUUUUAAUUUGGAAAAUAUGAACGAUAUCAUUUUUUUAAAAAUUAAAAAUGUAUUAUCUGUCUGUGUUGAUCAAAUAGUGGUGUAUCGACUUUGAAUGAGAAGUCAGUAUUAUAUUUUUUUACUACUGUCCCAUUUGAAUGUUGGGUAUACACUAUUAUCAGUGAUUUUCAAUAUUUUAUUACACUGAAUUAUAUACAUAUAAGUGUAUCAUUUUAUGUUUGAGCGGAAAUAUUGAUUAUAUUGUUCAAUUUUGUAUAUUACUUUAAUGUAAGUAGGUACCUAUUUUUUAACUUUGCAAUAUACAAUUUUAAACAUAUAAAAUUUAAAUAAAUUUUGAAAUAAUUUUCUCUACUACUGGGAAAUCAUUAGACAGACGGUAACAUAUUGCAGCGAAAUUUGUUUAAUGUUAAUUUAUAAAAAUAAAUGUUAUUGCAUGAUUGUAAAAUGAUAUCCAUUAUUGUUGUAUAAUGUACUAAAAUAUAUCUAUCAAUUAUAAUUUGUAUAUUCGAUUCGCCCUUAGAAGUGCCUUCCUCUAAUUCUAUACUAUGAAUGUAUAAAAAAAUAUCGUGUUAUUGGUUUUAUGUAUUUUGAAGUGGUAGCUUCAAGUAUCAAAUAAAUUUAUUAUGGAACCUAUUU